GGUGUUUGGUUUCAGCUUCCUGCGUGAAAUCUGACUAACUUUUUUAAGGAUCCAACGUUUUUAGACUUGUUUUAAAAAGUCAUGAUUCAUGAUGAAAUGAGUUUGUCUAAAGUCAGCAGAGGAAGGAAGUGCUUAAACUCAACAACUGACUUCCUCCCAGUGCUUUGAGGAUCCACAACAAUGUGAUCGAACUGCCGCUCAAAAUGAAACGCUCCCUGUGCCUGCUCUUUCUGUGCCUUUUCUCUUCGACAUCUGUGGACUGUGCCACCAAUGGAUCCGGAUACUUCAUGACAGCCGACUUCAGGUGCGCCAUGUACUCCAGAGAGCGCACGCAUGUGGAGUAUCUGGUGGACUGGCAUUUCAACGAAGAGUUUGUGAUGCAGUACAACAGCACGGUUGGCAAAUGGACGGGCUUCACUCCGGGCGGGAUGAUCACUGCAUCUCUGUUCAAUGGAGACUUCUACGACGUGCAGCAGAGAAAAGUGGAGAAGCAGCUGAUAUGUGUCGACCAUGUCGAUAUGAUAUUCAACGUGACCGAGGAAAGCAUUGCUGAGCCCAGCGUCACUCUCGUGGAGUCCACCAGCUCCAGUAAAAACGCCAUGCUCGUGUGCAGCGCCUACGACUUUUACCCCAAAAACAUCAGGCUGACGUGGCUCAUGAACGGGCAGGAAGUGACCUCGGGCGUGACCUUUAGCGACGUGUUGACAAACGGGGAUUGGACCUAUCAGGUCCACUCUUACCUGGAGUACACACCUUCAAUCCGACAGGACAGAGUCAGCUGUAUGGUGGAGCACGCCAGCCUCAGGGAACCAAAGAUUUAUCACAGAGACUUAAAUCAGUCAGAUAGGAGGCUCUUGAUUGGUGGAGUUUGUUUUCUGGUGUUGGGAGCGGUGUUUCUGUCCUUGGGACUGAUGCAGUACAGGAGAAAACGAGGAAAUGGAGCCAAUGCAGACGUGCUAAAAUCUGUACUUCCUCGAGUGGUUGAAGUUGGAUAUCCGUGUAACGGUACAGAUGACUUAUUAGAGCACCCAGGCGUCAUUGGGCCCGCCUGGUCUGAGGUCUGCCAUGUUGAUCCACGUCUAUGGUGGUGACCAGAACAAACAGCGCUUUGGAAACCUCAGUCUCCAUAAGUCCCCAUGUUCAAAUGUCCAACUUCACAGCAGAAAUAAACAUGUUUACAGCCUG